AGACGCCUGCAGUCUGAAGUGCAGCCUGCCAUCAUUCCUUCUGGUUUUAUUUAUUCAUUUUGUUUGUAUCAUUGCAGUCAUGCUGAAAAUCUCCGAGCAGCACAAACAGCUGGUUCUGGAAAACUACAUCGGAGGCCAGUUUGUUCCCUGCAGCCGCCAUGUGGACUCCUAUGACCCCUCCACUGGGGAGGUUUAUUGCAAAGUACCGGACAGCGGUGAGGACGAGGUUGAAGCAGCCGUGGCAGCGGCCAAAAAAGCUUUUCCCGAUUGGUCGGCUCACAGUCCAGCACAGAGAGCCCAGGUCCUUAACAAACUGGCUGACCUGAUUGAAGCCCACCUGGAGGAAUUCGCCCAAGCUGAGUCCAGAGACCAAGGUAAAACAACAACGCUUGCACGGGAGGUGGACAUUCCAAGAUCAGUGUACAACUUGCGCUUCUUUGCAUCAUCGGCGCUUCACUAUACCACAGAAUGCAGUCAAAUGGACCACAUGGGCUUCCUCAACUACACCAUCCGCUGUCCCGUGGGAGUAGCUGGUCUUAUCAGCCCCUGGAACUUCCCCUUGUACCUCCUGACCUGGAAGCUUGCCCCUGCAAUUGCUAUGGGCAACACAGUGGUAGCCAAACCCAGUGAGAUGACCUCUGUGACAGCCUGGAUGAUGUGCGAGUUGAUGCAGGAAGCUGGUGUCCCUCCAGGAGUAGUCAACAUUGUUUUUGGCACUGGCCCUAGAGCAGGCGAUGCCCUUGUUGGCCAUCCAGACGUCCCGUUGAUUUCCUUCACUGGCUCAACGGCAACUGGUCAGCGCAUUACAGAGCGCAGUGCCCCCUACUGUAAGAAACUCUCAUUAGAGAUGGGAGGUAAAAACCCGGCCAUUGUUUUUGCUGAUGCAGACCUGGACCAAUGCAUCAGUACCACACUGUGCUCCAGCUUCAACAACCAGGGUGAAAUCUGCUUGUGCACCAGCAGGAUUUAUGUCGAAAGGAGUAUUUACUCAGAGUUCCUCACCAGAUUUGUUGCUGAGGCUAAGAAGUGGAAGACGGGCGUGCCCUCUGACCCCAGCAACAGCAACGGGGCGCUCAUCAGCAAAGAGCACCUGGAGAAGGUGCGCAGCUUUGUGGCGCUCGCCAAAUCUGAAGGCGGCACAGUCCACUGUGGGGAGGGGGUCGACAAGCUGGACCUCCCAGAUGUUAACGCCGCUGGCUACUUCAUGCCGGCCACCGUCAUCUCAGGUGUGUCCGACAGCUCCCGGGUCAUGCAGGAGGAGAUCUUCGGCCCCAUCACCUGCGUCAGCCCAUUUGACACAGAGGAUGAGGCCGUUUCCAGGGGCAACGGCGUGCGUUAUGGUCUGGGAGCCACAGUAUGGUCCCGGGAUGUGGGGAAGAUGCACAGGGUGGCCAAGCGGUUACAGGCAGGAAUGGUGUGGACCAACUGCUGGAUGGUGAGGGAUCUCAACCUGCCCUUUGGUGGGAUGAAGCACUCCGGCGUGGGGAGCGAGGGAAGGUUGGAUUCCUACCACUUCUUCACAGAGGUGAAGACGAUCGGCAUCAAAUACUGAAAGGGAAAGAUGCGUCAAUUGUCGAAAUUAAGAGAGAAAAAUCACAAAAGAGAGAAAAUCACAAAAUAAAUAGUUCUAAAAGAAGCAGAAUCCAAAGACUUUCCGAUGUGCCAUGUGUUACAGAUUAUGUGCACAACACAAACCUCACACACCUCGUCCCACUUUUUGUUUGUUGUGCUGAUGCAAGACUUUGAAAGGUGAACAAAUGUCAAAUUGUCCUUUGCAGAAGUGUGUUUUGGAGCGACAUCUAAAAGCGUGCACUAGGUUUCGGUGGCACAGGAGACAAAUGCUCCAAACAAACAUCUGCCCCAUCAAGCUCAUGGGUCGCCACAUUAGAUUUGUUAUGGAUCUGCAUGUUAAUGGGGUACAAGUUUUACGCGGCCAGAUGCCCUUCCUGAUACAACUCCGGAUACACCAAGGACACAGGUGGUCUUGAACCGGAUACCUUCAAGUGUUCUUACCAUCAAAGAAAAAUUUAUCGAGCCAUUUUAAAUAGUUUUCCCCAAAGGAUAGAUUGAUUUAAUGUUCUAUUAAAGCAUCUUAAAUAGGUUUUAUAACAGAGAACACAUUAAGU